CAGCAACUCCCCGUAUUCCUACGACCAACCUCGUUUGUUGUUGAAACCCCACGGACCAAGUGUCUAGCAGCAAUCCGCAAAUCACUCAUACUAUUAUAGACAUCUGACAAGCCACCAUGGCGAAGACCAAUCCACAAAGCGUAGCGACUUCGAUCGGCGAACCUUCACCGGACGUUCCCAUCUUUCUACGGAGUGAGUAAAGCACUUUCCAGUGCGAUAGAUUUAUCGCCGUAGGAUUUCUACGCGUUUCGUCGUAGACGAUCCGAAAAUGUCCGUUUGCAAUGGAGCGACCCGCGGAAAUGACGCUUGAGCAACGAUGGAAUGCAGGAAUGGACGAAGGAUACACGCAUUUUCUCUGUCUCAUCUCACACUUGCCUUCCUCCCAUUCUUGAUUUUACAGAAACCUACUACAUGAUCGAUCAAUGCGACGAUGAAAUCGCCUGUUGGUCCGAGGACGGCACCACGUUUGUGGUGAAAGACCCAGAUCGUUUCGAACGGACAAUCAUCCCGCAAUACUUCAAGCAUUCCAAGUUUAGCAGUUUCGUAAGGCAACUUAACUUUUAUUCCUUUCGCAAGAUCAAGUACGCUGACACUAUUCGCAUUGAUCCCAAGCUGGAGGCCGAAACGGCUAAUUAUUGGCGAUUUCGACACGAAAAUUUCCAGAAGGGCAAACCGGAACUUUUGACUGAGAUUAAACGCAUGAACGGACAGAAAGCCCCUACGUCUCCCUCGACUUCUAGUUCCAGCAGCGUUUCCACUACGCAAGGGAACAAAGUAGGUGUGACAGCAUCUGCCAAAGUAACGCCCGAUCCUGACGGUGCCAGCAAAGCUAGCAAGUCAGAAGUGCAGUCGCUUCAGAAACGCAUCGAAGAAAUGACCAAAAACAUUGAUCAGCUUACGGCUAUGGUUCAGAAGGUUUCCCUAAAGCAGGAAGAGGAGGAUCAAGUAGGAUCCAAGCGUAAAAAGACGGAAUUAUUGAUCAAGACGGAAGACUUUCAAACUGCUUUUAACGGAGACCUUAUGAUGGAUGUCAAUGGAGAAUCGGAUCAAUUGGUCCGUCCGGACGACAUGUUUAGUAACAUGGAGCUCGACGAGAUUAUAACAGCGACAGGAAACAAAGAUCUAUCCUCAUCUGUGGAAGCGGAGGCAGCCGCUUUGUCCAUAACACCACCGUCCCCCGUUAAGUCAACCGUACCCAUGAUCCGCGAGACUUCCGUCAACACUCAGGUCAGCGACAAUGAGUUUGUGGAUCAGCUUUUCACCGCUUUCAACGAAGACUCAGAUGAUCUUUUGCAGAUGGAACCACCUUCCUUUGGUCUCGACUCCGCCAAUCGACCAGAUGCCGAACUCAUGAAGAGAUUAAGUGACGCACUCAUGUUUUUGCCUCGGGAUAUUCAAGUAAUGAUUGUUGAGCGAUUGAUCGCCGCCAUUACUUCCACCGAAUCCCUCAAGCCCCUUUCCAAGGAAAACACAUCGAAGUCUUUGCAAGUGCAAUCUGCUAUGACUCCUUCGACAUCCAUUCCGCAGACUUUGGAAGAGGAGAAACAGGACGUGCCCAUGCCCUUGGCUGCCGCCACUUUGGCCGCAUUGUUGCACCACUAUAGUAGCCAAAUUCAGGCCCAGCAACAGGGUAACAAGAGCAAAAAACCCCAGAACGUUCAAAAGUCUAUUCCGGUCAUUCCAGUACAUGCUUAAGUAGCACGAAUACUGUGACACUUGUUUGGGGUUAUCGCACGGAACACUGUGUGUGGGGCCUACUACAUAUAGGCACGCGCGUCAAGGGUACAAUUGGGAAAUUAUGUAUAGACCACUUGGCGCGUCACCGAUCUUGGAGUCGAGAGGGACGGUUUUAUGCCUUACACGGAGAUGCUCGAUCCUCUUCUUAGAUAUCUUUCUCCUUUAGCCUUUCUCUAAGGUCAGCUUUUUACUUAUAUAACGAUUAUAUAGUACACGCUAUAACGAAUAUAAGCUUUACAAUCUAUUUCUUUU